AUGGAUAAUCAUGAGAAUCAAAAUGACCCAACUCUCGAGGACUACGACUGGAUGUCAUCAGUACCUGGAUAUGCACUUCCACAACCCUAUCCUACGCCUAUCCCCUUCUCGCCACAAUACCCUGCACAAGCCUUCUCACAGCAUAUGCCAGCCCCCUCAGCAUCCGGGAGUACUGCCCCAAAGGUAGCCAUUCCUAGACUGGCGGGUCCUGACACCUUUAUACACGGGCGCCGACGGGCAGCGCGGGCCUGUCAGCCCUGUCGCCAGCGCAAGAUCAAAUGUGAUGGUAUCCGCCCGUCGUGCGGACAAUGUGCAUAUCACAGUAACGGCUGCAACUACGAGGAAGUCAAACGAGUGCGGGAUCAGAAACAACUAGGCUCCUUGGCCAAGCGAGUGGAUACAUAUGAAGCUCUUCUGAGAGACCUCGAAGCCGAGGUGGACCCUCCCACAGCUCGAAAAAUCAAAAAAGCAUUGAAGUCCAAAAGUGAGAAACCCCCUAGAAACAGUUUCGACUUCGAUGAUUCCUCUACCUCUAUGGGCUCACUCGAUGCUAUCGACCAGGUUGACGAAGACCUCGAUCGGAACGCGGACACCCGGGCUGCGGGCUUCUUUGGGAAGAAUUCAGAGGUCAAUUGGAUUCGCAAGCUGGAGAGCGGCGUGGGUAUGAAGAGUGCGCAGGAACAUGUGGCGAAUUAUUCUCACACGCAAAGUGAUCGUGAUCCAGCCUUUAUGCAGCAGCAGCAGUCAUUGGAAAGGCAGAUUCCCACUUCUACGAUGGAUUAUCAUCUCGACAAUUUGGACAUUCCAUUGGUUGAACCAUGCGACCCAUUAGCUUUGCCCCCGUUGGCAUUGGCAGACCGAUACUUCGAUGCCUAUCUGACCAACGUUCAUCCGACAUUUAGCGCAGUUCGGAAGAUGACCUUCAUCUCCCAGUAUCAGAAGUUCUUCAACAAUGAAUCCACACCACACCGGAAAUGGCUGGCCAUUCUCAACAUGAUAUUUGCUAUUGGUUGUCGCUACUGUCGACUCAUAGAUGACCCCAAAAGCACCAGCGAGGAAGACCUGAUAUACCUGACUCGGGCGCGCCAUCUAGGUCUGCAGGGCAGUGUGCUAUUCGAGCACACUGACCUCCAGCAGAUCCAACUCGAGCUCCUCAUAGCAGUUUACAUGCUUUGUCUGGGACAGGUCAACCGAGCAUCCAAAUUCUCCAACAUGGCCCUCCACUCAGCUAUAUCUCUCGGCAUCAACCUCCGCAUAACAGACGACCGCACCAAAGAAGCCGCCAAAGAAACUCGCGGCCGACUCUGGUGGUCCAUAUACUCCCUCGAGCACCUUCUUGCAUCAAUGAACGGCCGGGCCUCCUGUGUCGGUGAAGGCCUCUGCUCCGUCCCUGCACCUCUUCCCUACGAAGAAGAAACAUUCGAUCAACCUAAUGCUAAACGCCUCCUCCAAGAUCCCGCCCUCCGCGAGGCCCAACUCCGCUCCACCAUUUUCGAAAGUCCCAGCCAACACCACUCGCCCUCAUGGGUGACCUCCUGUCCACCCUGUCCAUCCCUCUUCUUCAACUUCCUUGUCGACCUAAUCCUCAUAACCCACGCCCUCAUCAACAAAGUCUACAGUAUCGAAGGCCUCCGCAAAGGCCCGAGCCAGUUAGAAUACCAUGUCCAAAAAUCCAGCCUACAAAUGGACCGCUGGCUCUCAAAACUUUCCCCCUUCUACGAAUUCACUAUCCCAAGCUCCGAUCCCUGGCACCUAAAGCACCCCCAACUAGACGACCUCUCCGCCCCCUUCGUGCGCGAACGCGUCUGUCUAGCAAUGAACUAUUACUCCGCCCGAAUCACCCUUUGCAGACCAUGUCUAAGCCAUAUCUACCAGUCUCCCCGCCACGUCUCACCAACAGGCGACCACGCUGCGCGCAAAAAAGUGCGGUCCGAAAGGGCCACACACUGUCUGCAAGCUUCCUGCGCACUGAUCUCCAUCUUCCCAGAAGACCCGAACAUUGCAUGGCUGGCCCGCACCACGCCCUGGUGGAGCAUCCUGCAUUUCCUCAUGCAGGCGACUAUGGCUAUAUUGCUGGGUUUGUCGUGCUGUUCUGACCCAAAUACGCCCACUAGCCCGGACCAUGCGGAUCCGCUCCUGACACCUGCUACGCCGUCUAUAUCCCAGACCGGGGCUUACUCGCCGCUGCCGGAGAAGGAUUUGACUACGGCUGUUGCAGCGACUAAGAAGGCCCUCGCUUGGCUUCAUAUGACUGCUUCUGUGGAUCCGGCGGCGCGACGGGCAUUUCUGCUUUGUGAUGGGAUUGUUAAGAAGAUUGCACCUGGCUUGGGGAUUGAUUUGACGGAGUGGCCGGAUGGGAGUUCUUUUGAGGGGUUGAUGGAGGAGAAGGAGAUAAGUGGGCAUGGGAAUUGGAAUGCAGAUAGUAGUGGAAGCAAUGAGCACGACAGUGGGAGUGGGAUGGAGGCGUUUGAUGAGUUGGUUGAUUUCGACGGAGGUGUUCUCUAA